UUGUCGAACUUCUGUUGGACGCGUCUUUCACUUUCUGACUCUUGUCCUUUCAAACGGUUUGUCGAAGGGUUCUCUUUAGUUCUUCUUUUCUAGCUUUGUAAAUUAUGGCUGAAGUGUGUCCCGACUUGAAGAGAGAUUCUACAAUGACUGUAACUGCUAAGGAAGGCGAAGCGUUCCUCGAAACGGCAGGGCAAGUUCACGAAGAUGCGAAAACUAGAGCUCAACAGAAGCACAUUGAAGAAAACGCGAACGAAGAACCCGCGGCAGAAGACUCGCCGAGUAAACUAGCGAGAACAACUACAAUGGCAGCGACCGCUAAAGAGGGUACCGACUUGCUUGAUGGCGAGGAAUUAGGGAAAACACGAGCCGAAACAGAAACUUUGAAGGAAAAAGAAGAGGAAACGAACGGAGCAGAACACAAUGGAGACGGAGAUGUUCACGAAGACGAAAAACCCGCGUUGAAAAGAGACGGUACUAUGCAAGUAACAGCGAAGGAAGGUGCAGAACUUCUUGAAGGACACGACACUGAAGCCGGGACACGUGCCGAAGCGAAAGCCGUCCAAGAAGCUAUCAAACAAAGCACGGAGGAAAAUGGCGAAAACGAAGAACAAACAGAGGAAGAAAAACCAGAUUUGAAGCGCAAGUCGACCAUGGAUGCAACCGUUGAGGAAGGACAAGAGUUCAUUAAGAAACAGAAAGAAUCAGAUGAGGCAGAGGUCAAAGCAUAAACCAUCAGGACAAGUCACUUUUUAUACUCUACAAGGAGAGAACACAUACUCCUUGUAUAGACUUCUUGUACAGUUCGCACAUAUAUCAGCCCAAAAAAUCAAACUUUUGAAAAAAAGUCCUUGAAAUUUUGUUGUUUUCAAUUUUGUUAYUCACUCAGGUGGCAAAAGCACUAAAUUUUCUUAAGUGCAAAGUCAGGAUUUAAGAUGCAAUAUAGCCUUUAAUUAUUAUAAAAAUAUAUAUUCUGUGUAUGUGGACAAUGUUUGAUUGAUGGACUAAUUUUGCAUUAUGUAUAUUCAAAGUGUAAUUGUGUAUACCAUUUUAAUAUUGUUAGAAAAAAUAAAUGACAUAUGAACUUUUC